GAGCGGAAUUAGCCGGAUGACAUCAGCUUUGCAGCCCCUCGGGCCGGCCCCGCUCAUUGGAGCCGCUGCCCCUCCAGGAAAAGCACAUUGUUCCCGCCCCCGCCCGGACCACCGCCACCGCCGUCGCCACUGCCUCCACCCGGCUAUAAAAACCAGCGGAACCCCGAAAGGUGUGGGUGCUUCUAACAGACCGAGCCAGCACCAGCGCCGGCAGCCAGGUUCUCCUCUGCUGAGAGUACCUCGAAUCCAAUUCACAUUCCGAAAGUUGAAAAAGGAAGGACCCUUCGAAAGCUAAGAUUAUCCCUGGGGCCAUGGACUCGGACGCCAGCCUGGUGUCUAGUCGCCCGUCGUCGCCAGAACCCGAUGAUCUUUUCCUGCCGGCCCGGAGCAAGGGCGGCAGCAGCAGCAGCGGCUUCACAGGGGGGACCGUGUCCUCGUCCACGCCGAGCGACUGCCCGCCGGAGCUGAGCGCAGAACUGCGAGGGGCCAUGGGCGCAGCGGGCGCGCAUCCCGGGGACAAACUGGGAGGCGGCGGCUUCAAGUCUUCUUCCUCCAGCACUUCCUCGUCCACAUCGUCGGCAGCCGCGUCGUCCACCAAGAAAGACAAGAAGCAGAUGACCGAGCCCGAGCUGCAGCAGCUGCGUCUGAAGAUCAACAGCCGCGAACGCAAGCGCAUGCACGACCUCAACAUCGCCAUGGACGGCCUGCGGGAGGUCAUGCCGUACGCGCACGGCCCGUCGGUGCGCAAGCUCUCCAAGAUCGCCACGCUGCUGCUGGCGCGAAACUACAUCCUGAUGCUCACCAACUCCCUCGAGGAGAUGAAGCGACUGGUGAGCGAGAUCUACGGCGGUCACCACGCCGGCUUCCACCCGUCCGCCUGUGGCGGCCUGGCACACACGGCGCCACUACCCACAGCCACAGCGCACCCCGCGGCCGCCGCGCACGCCGCGCAUCACCCGGCGGUGCACCACCCCAUCCUUCCUCCCGCUGCCGCCGCCGCCGCCGCUGCAGCCGCCGCCGCAGCCGUGUCCAGCGCCUCCCUGCCGGGCUCCGGGCUGUCCUCGGUCGGAUCCAUCCGGCCUCCCCACGGCCUGCUCAAGUCUCCGUCGGCGGCCGCAGCCGCCCCUCUCGGAGGCGGGGGCGGCGGCAGCGGUGGCAGCGGUGGCUUCCAGCACUGGGGCGGCAUGCCUUGCCCCUGCAGCAUGUGCCAGGUGCCACCGCCGCACCACCACGUGUCGGCCAUGGGCGCCGGCAGCCUGCCGCGCCUCACCUCCGACGCCAAGUGAGCGGGCCAGCGGCGUGCGUUCUGGAGAGCCAAGGGCUGUGGAGCAGCCAGGACUGGCCAGCGCU